AUGAGUCGCAACUCCAACGAAGAUUUUGACGAUAUUUUAAUGAAGAUAGCUAAGCAAAUCUACGGAAAAGUAGUUGUCGAUGCUUUAGGAAAGGAUCUAGGAUUCAUGCCUGCAGAUACCGCUCGCUACAAUGAUGAAAACGCACAACAAGGGGGCUCAUACAUGGGCACUUUGAAUAUGCUUCGAAAAUGGCGUCAAGGGCAAAAGAAGGCUAAGCAAAGGGAGAUUUUGAAAGCUGCCCUGGAAAAAAACGGCUUCGAAGAAAUGGCAGAAGAAUACUUAUCUGCUGACGAUGUGGGGCAAGACACAAAACACACUACGGCAGCUUUAGCGGGGCAAGGAGCAAGCUCCCGUUAUCAAGAGAGGUCAACCAACAGAGAAGUAACAAAAAAGGAGAUCGUCAAGUUAUCCAAACUUCUACCCGAUGGAAAGUACAGCGAGCUGUGCGGAAUCUUAGGAUUCGAAUACAACUACAUAAAGAAAAUAAAGAAGAACAAUUUCAUGGACUCCACGGCUGCUUUCGAAGAACUAUUGCAUGAAUGGAAAGACAAGGCUGGAUCCAUUGAAGAUCUCGAUGCAGCUUUAAAAGAAGCAGAACUUGGAGGACUUGUAUCUGCAUACAAGAACUAGUCAUGGCAAAGAGGGUGUACGACACUUGCUCCUGCGACAAAUGGUCCGCGUCAAUUUUCUAAACUGACCGAAUUCCGAACUUCGACUCUGGACCAAAAACUAUACCUAACCCCAACCCUAUACCUUUACCUUUGAUUAAAUAAAGCAGUAGACUUUUUUGAUUUUGUAGUCAAAUCUAAUGCGUACAUUCUUGGUUAGUGCC